CGUGUCGAUGCGCCGCCGCGGAGAAAUGCCAUUUCCGACUCGCGCGCACAAAAUUGCUGGCUAGAAUUAAUUCCGAGCGGGACGCUCUCCGAGGAUGACGAUGAUACCGCGUCAUUGACACGGAAAAUUCGAGGAGGAGGAACGUUUUAAUUAAGAAGAUAAUCGGAUUUGCGGAGGAGGCGGCCUCCAAAUGAGGAUUGGAUGCGGUAAGCGCUCGGAGUAGUUUGAAUUUGAAUGUUGAUUGUCGCGGUAAUGGCGAGGAUUGCGCGCGGGGCUGCUUUAGUUUCUUUUUCUUUUACCUUUUUUUUAUAAAUCGGAGAUCCGAGUUAAUGGAUUUUGGUAAUUGCAUUGCGUAACGAUGACCUUUCGCUGGAGAACAUCGAGUUAUGAUUGGAAACGUCGGUACGGAAGAGAUCGUUUAGGCGUUAUUCACAUGUAUAACUUUAACGACCUUGUAGUCAUUCCGUCAAUCAUGAAUCACAGACAAGCGUAUAAUAUCUAAUUAUCGGACCACUUACCAUUACGCAAUGAUAACAGACAUCAGUGAUAAUUGCAAAGUGUUAGAUGGAAAAAAAAUAGCUUAUCAACGGUUUAUUCCCGUGCGAGACUCGAAACCAAAUCUCAGAACGCUUGUAGCAGUUCAGAAACGAGUACACUGUGUUAAGAGAUGGAUCGUUGGAUGGGAAAAGUCGCCGUGGUCACGGGAGCUUCUGCUGGAAUAGGACUGCUCACGGCUGAGGCUCUAGUGCGACAUGGUAUGGUCGUCGUUGGAUUGGCCAGGAGAAAGGCUAAGAUGGAUGAAGGUAUGAAAAACGUUCAAGAAAAGGGAAAGUUUCACGCAGUCGAGUGUGAUGUAACGAAGGAAGAUAAUGUCAUCAAAGUCUUCGAUUAUAUUAAGAAUAAAUUCGGAAGCGUGCACGUGCUGGUUAAUAACGCCGGAGGAAUGACCAAAGGAGCGACUACGGACUUGAGUAGUGAGGAACUGAAGAAGAUCAUCGAUCUAAAUAUAGUGGGCCUGUUAUACUGCACAAGGCAGGCUGUUAACUUGAUGAAGGAAAGUAAACAGGAAGGACACAUAAUAAACGUCGGCAGCAUCUUAGGCCACAGAGUAGCGUACAUUGAAAAAUUCUAUUUCAACGUUUAUCCGGCCACCAAGUUCGCCGUGCGUGCGCUCACAGAAACAAUGAAGGACGAACUACGCGAUUAUCCAAUUCGUUUUACACACAUUAGCCCAGGAGUAGUGAAAACUGAGUUUUUCGAUGUCGCGGGGGCAGAUCCAAGCAUGCUUGAAGUAUCUCCGGCGCUUAAUUCGGAAGACGUAGCCGACGCGAUUGUUUAUGUGAUUGGGACGAAACCGCAUGUGCACAUUCCUGAGCUCAGCAUUCGACAUAUGAACGACUACUAUAAAUAAUCUUUUAAAUUAUAGUUUUGAAAAUUAGCACAUGCUUUAUGCUGAAUACUUAACGUAGAUAAGCUGGUUAAACAAACGAAAAUUUAUCAAAAAAAAAAUAAUAAAUAAAUGAAUACUCAAAUAAUAAACGUGAUACAAAAAGCACUUGUCAUGUGGAUUCGAAAAUACUAUAAUUUACGAAAGUGAGGACAAAAAUAGCACAGACUGAUUCACGCAUACAUUUCAUUCAACCAUCGAUGACUAUGAUUUCGGUGUUUCUCAAUGACAAGUACAUUUUUAACGAAUUAUCUUUAGUCUCAGAGCUGACGCAAUCAUAACAAAACAUUACGGUACAAUGCGUUGCAGCAAGGUGAAUGUGAGCAAGGGUAUCACAACAAAAGACGUUAUGCACGAAACGGUAAGAACAAAGAACAAGCUAAAAAACACAAUGAGCCUGAUCAUUACGCAGUCAUUUCGAGAGGGAGAAUACGAUUAUGCAUACCAUUUACACAAGCAGUAGGUAUUUACUCAUCGAUUCGAAUAAAUCAACCUCGAAUCAUCA